GGCGCGGCCGGCAGCACGGCGUGUGCAGGGGAAGAGAGCUGAGGAGGUGAGAGAGGUGAGAGCGCAACAACGGACCAGCAGACAGACCAGUGGCGGCCAUAGGCAGACCAGUGCAGUGGCGGCGGCAGACGAACCAGUGGCCUACUUGUAGACUGGACUGAGGCUCAGUCCAGGGCCCAGGCCGGGCUGGACUGAGACUAGGGAGUGUCGCCUGCCGAGCAGUGAGAGGAGUGUCCACUGCCGAGCUGUGUUGACCGAGGAGUGUCAGCUUCCGCUGCCGGAGAAGGUGCUGCUAGUGAUGCUGUUUGUUCGCGAGGCCGCCAUCCAUGACUUCUAGAACCUCUCCAUCGAAUCAACAACAUGUUCACCUACAUCGGCAACAGCAAUGGCAGUGACGCGGCGCGAAGCUCCAGUGGCUCUUCCCUGACGCUGCAGCAGCACCUGAGUCACCAUUACCGGGCCCUGGCUGCCGCCCGACCCACCAUCGAUACCGGCCACAGGCGACAGCGAAAGGAGAACCUUCAUCCAUGGUUCUUUCAUCCAUGCCUCGACUGCGGCUCUGCUCAGCGCCGAGAGGACGGCCGGCGACGGUGGCGCCGCGAUGCGGAGCCGGUGGAAGCUCGGUGCCGCGGCGACUCGGGGGACGGCCUACGGCUGGUGGAGGCGAUACUGGGUGACGACCGGCUGCCGCCCCAGUAUUACUGCCGACAACAGGUGCGGGAGUCGCCGGCGCCGGAGGCGGGGGUCGGAUCGCAGCUGCCCAGCCCCUCCGAGCGGCAGAGCGGCGCCGACGCCGACUCCAUCCUGGGCAAAAUCGACAGUGUGAAAAACAGCUAG